AUGACAGCUACUACAAAGCCUCGUCGAGCAUCUGCCAAAGCUUGUCUCAAGGCCAUAUGUGGACUUACUGCUCUCCAGAACUCUGAUGAUAGCUCAAUACCUGAAAAUAUUGAAAGUGAGAUGUCAGACUAUGUUGUCGAAAGUGGGGACAAUAAUAUCACUACCGAAGAGAGUGAUUCGAAUAGUGCAGAUAAAGCUGAGAUAUCUAAUGAUGCCAAACUCUCAUCAGAAAAUUCGUCGUCAACAGGCUCGUUUAUUGAUGAACCAUGUCGUAAAAAAUCAUCAAGUAGAGCUCAUCGUCCUGUUUUGAGUGACAAAGGAUGUUUGAGAUCUCCUUUCGUAAGAUAUAUGAGGUCUUGUCGUGGUCAUAUUGAUCGUGAUCCCAGAUCUGUAGCUCCUGCGAAAUUUCUGCAGUCAAUAGAUUCACUAAAACAUAUGUUCAGUAAUACGCAAAAUCCAUUCCUGUUUUGUCCCAGUGGAUAUAAGUCACAGUUUAUGUGUCGGAAAAAGGCUUUAUUUCCAACCUCGGGUGCGUGGGUACGAUCACCUAUUUAUAUCAAAAAGGAUCACCUUCCAGAGCCUCCCAUCAGCCCUAUAUAUUUAUCUGACGAAGUAAAUACAGUUAAAUUAAAACGGUUCGAAUUUGACAAGGGUUCAAAUUUAGUAUAUACUGGUGGAGCAGUAACUUGUUUGUCAUGGUGUCCUCCUCGUCUUUCUUCACUUCUGGAUUCUGAAUCAAUUGUAAAUGAAUGUUCGUUUCUUGCGACUUCUUCUAUUCUAACACCAGAUUCACAAACGCUUUAUUCUGAUAAGAUGGCGAGUUGUCCUGGAUUAAUACAGAUAUGGAAUUGUGGGGUUUUAGGUCUAACAGAAGUGUCAAGUACUUUAAACCCUGAAAUCCACUUUAUCAUUUCACAUGAUUGGGGUCGAAUUACUGAUAUGUGCUGGAUACCAGUUUCACCUUUUUCGGGCAUUAAAGAACUAGUGACAAAGGCUUGUUCGUAUGGAUCAUGCAUAAUAACUAUUCCCGAAGUAGAUCGAGUUCUUGGUCAUUUAAUUGUUGCUUGUCAAGAUGGUUUUAUUCGUAUAUUAUCUAUACCAACUUGUCCAAUGAAUUUUGGGUUCGAGAAUUCAUCUGCUUCACAAUUCGCUUAUACACUUUCGAAAAAUUGUUACCUCACACUAUCCCCAUCUGUGAAAGAACAUCCUCAUUGGGUUGGUUGGCCAACGUGUACACAUAUUCGCCGUGAAUUCCCAGAUCGCCUUUUUGUUGGUUAUACCACAGGUUAUGUAGGCUAUUACAAUCUAAGUAGUCUUAAUGAUUUGGUUUAUUCGCCUCAGUAUAAUCAUUUAGCUCCAGUGAAAAUGUCACGUCUAACAAGCAGUCCAAUCACAGCAUUGUCUCUCCACCCUCUUAAUGGAAAAAUGUUGUAUGUACAAGGCUUAGAACGUAUCGGUGGUGUCUGGGAUUUGAAUGACUCUGUAUGUUUCACUUCCGAGUCAGCUGAAAUCAGUUGGAAUCCAGUACGUGGUUUUAUGGGACGUGAAGGAAUGUGGAUUUGUAAUGGUGAAUUUUUAGUUGGUUCACGUGAAACAUGGUUUACUUCGACAUCAUGUAAAAACACUCAGUUUCCCAAGUGGUCUGCAUUAUUUGAUACUAUGGAUAACUGUAUUGGUCAGUAUUUACCUGCUGAACCAACUGAUGCUUGUAGCCAUUUAAUACCAUUAGGAAUCCAGUCACUCACGAGUGUGGACUUCAGUGAUUCUCUCAAUGCACUUGUGUGUAGUACGGACAGAGGACGUAUUGAAGUGAUUGCUGAGUCUGUAGAGAAGCGAAAAUGUGAUCCGUCACGUCCAAGAUAUAUUCCUGAGAUGAGAAUACCAUUAUGUCAAUGGACCAUGGAAAAACGACCACCAGAAGAAUUUGCUCAUUGUACCCCAUCAAAAAUUGAAGAAAAAUGGGAAGAAACAGUGGAUUUAACUAAAUGUGAUUAUGACAUAAUAGAUAUUAAUGCAUUUAUUAAUGAAUGUAAAAUUGAUCUUGAACCGAUUAAUACUGCUGCUUCUACCACUACAACUACUAAUACUACUACAACCAGUACCACCAUUACUUCUGCCCUUACAUCAGAGAUGGAUGUUGGAGAACUGAAUGAUGCAGAGCUUCAACACUUUCUUUUUCCUUCACCUAACUGUGAACAUUGUGGAACUGAUCAAUCUAUGUGCUGGCAUAAGCUUUGGUCGAAUUAUCAAAUACGGAUCUUGUUAAAUGAUAAGGUGCCUAAGAAACCUGAAUUGGAUUUCAUUAAUACUCCUAUUUUGAAGAUAAAUAAAGUUCGUUUCAAUCCGAAUCCAACAAGUGCAACAUGGGUUGCGGUAGCCAGUAGUAUAGGUUUUAUACAAUUUAUAUGUGUAGAACAAUUAUAUUGUCAAAGCUUCGAUAUUCUACUAAAUCGAACACCAACUGGGAAAGAUUCCGUUUAUUUAACACCAAAACCACAUAAUGUUGUUCUUGGUAGACCAGUGAAUCCAUCUAAUAGAAAUUCUUCUAGAAAAAAUCGACGUAAAACAGUGACUUCAUCAAACUCAACUGAUAUUUCCACAAAACAAUCUGUACAAAUAGAAUUGGAUAAUAAUGAAAUGGAUGUAGUUCCAAAGAUGUUGACAAAAACACUUGAUAAUUAUUCAUCGGAUGAUAGUGCUGCAACGGAAAUGAUGAUCAGUGAUAUGCACACAUUGAAUAUUAUUGAUACUAGUCAUGAAAAUGAUUUCAAAACACAAAGAAAUCAAAUACGAAGAAGAAGUAGGCGUCUUCAGGCUCAACGCAAUCUUUCUUCAUCAACAUCUUCAACUGAUCCAUGUGAAGGAGAAUAA